CAAAUGGAGAGAAGUGUAUCCGACAACCAACCAUCGGUAUAUGGAAAUCUUAUCACUGUUCUCAGUAUUGAUGGAGGUGGGAUUCGAGGAAUCAUUCCUGGAGUUAUCCUCAAUAGACUCGAAUAUGAACUUCAGAUACUAGACGGUAACGAUGUUAGGCUUGCGGAUUACUUCGACGUGAUCACAGGGACAAGCACAGGUGGUCUCAUAACAGCCAUGUUAGCCGGCCCAAAUGAACAUGGCCGCCCUCUAUUUGCUGCUAAAGAUAUAGUGCCAUUUUGCCUUAAAAAUGGCCCUCAAAUUUUCCCACAGCCAAGUGGAAUCUUGGCUUGGGCUUCGAAAAUACCGAAAGCUCUAGCGGGACCAAGAUACGAUGACAAGUAUCUUUUCAAGCUGGUAAGAGACUUAUUAGGGAACACAAAAUUGCAUCAAACCUUGACCAAAUUAGUCGCCAUUCCUACUUUCGACAUCAAGAAACUUCAGCCAACCAUCUUCUCCGGCUAUCAGAUUCCUAUAAAUCCAGCCAUUGACGCCCUAUUAUCAGACGUCUGCAUAGCAACAUCCGCAACACCAACUUAUUUCCCACCAUAUUAUUUCGAGAACAAGGAAAAAGAGUUCAACCUAAUCGAUGGAGGCAUCGCAGCAAACAAUCCCACACUGGUGGCCAUACGAGAAGUGACGAAACAGAUAAUGAAAGAUAACCCAGAGUUUUCCCGGAUAGAUCCAAUGGAUUACAGUUACACCCGAUUCCACGUCAUCUCGUUAGGCGCAGGAUCCAACAGGCGUGAAAAGAAAUACGAUGCUAAAACGGCCUCCAAAUGGGGUGUAAUAAGCUGGUUAUUUGAAGAUAACAAUAGCCCUAUAUUUGAUUUCUUUGGCGAAGCCAGCAAAGAUAUGGUUGAUUACCAUAACUCCGUCGUCUUCAAAGCCCUUCAUUCCCAGGAAAAUUAUCUCCCGAUCGACAUUAGACGAUACCUAACCGGGGAAAUGGCCUCCAUCGAUGUAUCGACAAAAGUGAACAUGGAAAAGCUCGUAGAAAUCGAAGUGAAGUUACUCGACAAAACUGUUUCACGCAUCGGUUUAGACACCGGCCAUUACGAACCAGUCGAAGGUGGUGGCACCAACGCGGAAGCACUGAAAAGGUUUGCAAAACUGCUGUCGGAUGAAAAGAAACUGAGGGGAUCCAACUCGCCAACCUCGCAGGACAAGUCUUCUUAGCAUAUGUUUUGUAGUUCACUUAAUUUAUGAAUCAAUUACAGUUUUUUGAAUGACACGCUUUGCAUUGGUUCUAUUUUCUGAGUGCCUCAUUUGUUCUUCUCUUUUUCUUUCCUUUAACCUAUUAUGGUCUCUGUUAAUUUGUUGGAUGAAAAUAUGAAAGCACUGACUUAAACAUGUAUUAAAAAAAUGUCAACUUAAAUUCAUAAAAUUGAAAUAAAUUUUGUAUUUUAAUAA